CCCUCCCCCUCCCUCCAGCAGGGGCAGCAGAGAGAAUGGGGAAUCUUGUAAAAACAUUAAUAUCUCUGUCAUAUUUCAUCGAUCGGAAAAAUCCUCGGCACACAUGCGGCGGAGGGGGGCUCUGAGCGAGGUGGCCAAAAAUGACGGCCGUAGGUGGCGGCGUUCUCUCGGAAAUCGCAGCACAGAUGGCCAAAACCGGUCAAGAACAGACUUUUAGUAAUAUAUAGAUAGAUAAGAUCAUCCUUCUAAACUCCAGCGAAUACAAGCCUAAUCUUUUCAAUCUUUCCUCAUAUGACAGUCCCGCCAUCCCAGGGAUCAAUCUUGUGCACGUGCGCUCCACUGCCUCAAUCACAAGGAUGUCCUUCCUCAAAUUAGGAGACCAAAACUGUACGCAAUACUCCAAAUGUGGUCUUACCAGAGCCCUAUACAACUGCAGAAGAACCACUCUACUCCUAGACUGAAAUCCUCUUGUCAGUGUUAAACUGAGUUCUUUUGUCAGUCCAAUUCAAGAAAACCUGAUUCAAACCAUUGCUGCUAAAAUCAAUUCUUUAUUCUGACAGCGCUGGAUAAUUCUUUAAACCUUCCAACACAGAGCUAGAAACUUUGGGGCAGGUUGAAAGAACGACUGACUUUGGUACAACUGUAACACAUAUAAUAGGUAUUAGACAAUUAUGGUAUAGAAGGAGUGGCAAACUAUUAACCAAUCAUUAUGAUUUACCAUACAUUUAGCGUAUUUACAUUAACCAAUCAAUUAAAUCCUUCCCACUGAUUGACAACACGUAUAGUCACAAGAUGUACUUUAUUGCUGAUUGUCUGCUGUAACUGCAUGAGAUAUUUGCAUUGUAUUUGCAUUGCAGAUGAUGGUUAAUACACAAAGAGAUACAAAGUGCUGGAGUAACUCAGCCGUUCAGGCAGCAUCUCUGGAGAACAUGGAUAGGUGGUGUGGUUGACGUAUCAGAGAUGGGAUUGCAGCAUUUUGAUACAGAUUCUCUUUGCUCGGCAAAUACUUUCACCCUGAUUUUGGACAAGAAUCAAUUAACUAAAUUGGAAAAUGUGGAGAAAUGCAGCAAUUUAGUGCAAUUAUCUGCAGCCAACAAUCGUCUAGUCCGCAUGAUUGGUGUAGCAAAGCUUGUCAAUUUGCGAGUUUUAAAUUUGCCUAACAACAGCAUCGGGAAUAUUGAAGGCCUCAAGGACCUAAUCCAUCUAGAAUGGCUCAAUUUAGCUGGGAACAACAUCAAGACUGUGGAAGCCGUUAAUGGCUGCUUAUCUCUUCGACAUUUGGAUUUAUCAGACAACAACAUUGCACUGAUAGGUGAUCUAUCAAAACUUCUGUCUCUAAAGAUACUUCUGUUGCAUGGAAAUACUAUCACUACACUCCGUUCUGCUUCCGGUCACCUUCCUCCAGAAUUAAACAUUCUAUCCCUUGCAGAGAACGAAAUAAGAGAUCUGAAUGAGGUUUCCUAUCUGGGGUUCCUUCGCGAAUUGGAGCAGCUAUCAAUCAUGAACAAUCCUUGUGUAAUGGCAACACCCUCCCUUCCUGGAUUUGACUACAGACCAUAUAUUGUCAGUUGGUGUUUAACCCUACGGAUUCUAGAUGGCUAUGUAAUCUCACAGAAAGAAAGCCUCAAAGCAGAGUGGCUAUAUAGUCAAGGGAAAGGUCGAUCAUUUCGACCUGCCCAACACGUGCAGCUGGUCCAAUAUUUGGCUUCAGUUUGUCCUCUCACAUCAACUCCAGCACUUCAAUCUGCAGAGGAUGCGAAACUUGAAAAAAUCCUAAAUAAGCAGAGGCUUCACCAACUAGAACUGAUGGAAAAGUUCCAGAAGACAAGCCAUAUUCGACAUUCAAGUCCCAAUUUAGAGCUAUCAUUUCAAAAUGAAUAUAACAGCAAGCACGAAGGUCAUGCUAUCCAGAAUGCAAAAGAGCCGGUACUUCGCAUUAACUCAUGGGUUGCAGUGAGUGGCCAUGGACAGCAGUCUAAAGCAGUGAACCAACUCUCACCGAUCCGUAGAGAGGUGUCGGGAUGUUGUCACGGUGAGCUCUUCUUGGAGGAUAUCCAGACUGAUGAAGAUAAAUUGAACAGCAGCCUUUUGUCUUCUGAAUCCACAUUCAUGCCUGUUACCACUGCAACGUCGCCUCUUUCACCUUCCCGUGAUCUAAGGCUUCCUGCAGAUAGUCUGACUGCAGAAGGUGAUGCCUGCACACUACUGCAUUUGGAAACUGGAGUAAAAUGUGAAGAUAGUGAUGAUCAAAAAUACCUGAAGGCAACAAGGGAAGCAGAAGAUUAUGAAGCAUGGGUGGAAAGAUCUUGUGAGAGAAGUAAGGAAGAGAGUGUCAGCAAGGUGUUACCUGCAUCCUUUCCAGUGCAAACUUGUGUUACCUUCACUUCAAGCAAAAGCACAAACUCAAUGUCAGCCCAAUUAACAAAGGAGCACUGUUUUCCAGACGACAAUUUAUUGAGUCAGGCACAAAUAGAAACUGUCCAAGAGGAUAUGGAAGAUGACUCAAUGCCAGAUAGACCUGAUAUAUGUAAACCAUUUGAAGAAAGCCCAGAAUAUAUGAAUAAAGCAGCUGUAAAGAUUCAAGCUUGCUGGCGUGGAUUCUACACUAGGAACUGGAAUCCAAAGGCAAAAGAGAUACGUUGUGAAAUCCGACUACGUAGGAUGCAGGAACAUGUGGAAUACUUAAAUAAAGAAGUAAUCAGAUGGAGGAAACAAUGUGAAGAAGAACGUAUUCAAAGAAUGGUACAAGAAGAAGCUGUAAAGUUCUUAUGGAAAGCGGUUCAGCACCUUCAGGAAUGGCAGCUGUCCAUGACGCAUAAAGAAAAUGAACUACUGCUUGUGAAUGCUACAAAAGAACCCAUACUUCUGCAGCCUAACCUUAUUCAUCCUUCUGCGCACACGUCCUUGAAUAACCAUAAAAGCCUCCCUUCCAGACCAAAUGCUCACUCAGAGGUCUCACUGCAAGCAUUUCCAGAUUCUGGAUUUCACUCUUCAGACAUCACCCACAAUUGUUUACAAGAUUCUCAGAAUUUUUGUAAGAGUUCCUCAGAUGAGAGUAUGAGCACAGUUUUAGAAGCCACCUGUGAGCUUAAAAAAAUCGACACCGAGUGUUUUAAGAAUGAUCCUGCCGAGCAAGAAAUCCAAGAAUCCGUCCACACAAAAUGGAACAAGGAGAACUCCAAUGGCGAACAGGACAGCAGCCUUAUACAGCAGUAUCUCAAUUCUGUAAGGCAGCUGGAGGCUGCAGAGGAUGAAUCCAAUUUUAGCGGGAGAACAGAGUGUAAUAGUCAAAAUGAUGUUCAUGAUUCCCUUUGUGGUUCUCCAAUGGAAAUGCCUGAAGAUGACUGCUCUGAAAUUCCAGAUUCAUUAUGUCAAGCAGAAGAAUGUGUCAGUGAUGGACAAGAUAAAGACAUCGAGUGAAUCGUUGACAUUAUGAGUUGAUGGCGAUAACUGAAACUGAUCAUGUAAGAGCAAUGUUAAUAAGCCCAGAAUAUUUAUGUGAAAGCAAUACUAAGAAGGCCUAAAUUGUCUAAAGUGCAGGAAAAAUAUCGAAUUUAAUGCUUGUUCUUCCAAAGAAACCUAUUCCAAAUUGUUAUUGUGCUAAUUAAAUUUGUUAAUUUAGUUUCACCUGUUGGCAUUCAACAGCAUUGAUUUGCAUUCAAGGUCCACUUUUUAGACUUUCUUUGUUGAUUAUUAUUUUUUCUGACAAGUAUUCUCCAUUCUCUUCUGGACUUCCAGUUAUCUAUAAUUUGUGGUUCAAAGUAUGAAUGUGCAAUUCUACAUCUCUCAUUUCAGCAUGAGCACGAUCAAGAUUAUUAACUUUCUGCAUCUUAUUUGGAAGGGGCAAAAUUGUAUUGUGUUCUACGACAAAACAUUGUUGUAUAAAAGCUUCAUUAUUUAUUUUGACAUGUUGCGUGGAAUGAUGAUCUGAUCUUAAGAGUCCAGGUAUAUUUGUUAUUAAACCUAUAUGUAACUAUGUCUGAAAAAAUAUGAUGACUUCCCUUUAUUUGAGUAAUUUAUUUUAUUUACCAAAAAUGCAAGUGCAAAUGUAUAUACUUGUAAAAUUAGGAUCAGUGAUAAAUGCAUAAAGAUCUUCCUUAUUAACAUAUUUAUUUAAAGUCAUGGUAAAUAACUGAACACUAAAAUAUAUUUAAGUUUGCUCAAAAAAAAAUGUAUGUUUAUAAUAGCAGUUUCGAAAUAACAAAAUCCAGACACUUCUCAAGUGAUCAAUUUUAUUUUAUUUAUGGUUCUGUGUAUUUUCAGUGGCAACUCUUGCAGUUUAUCAUGCAAGAUACAAUAUUUCUGGCCCAUACUUUGUUUUAUUUUAUUAAAUGAAGAGUUCUCAUCAGGGAAGUUAAAUGGCAAGGGUGCAAACUUCAUCAUUAAUACUGUCUUGCCAUCAUGAAUGGCUAACUGUACAAGGGGGUAGAAGUUGAGAUAAGCCUACAAAUUUAGUAUAUAAUUGUCAUAGAAUGAACAAAAGUUGUGGAUACAUCCCAAUACAUUAUACAUUAAGUAUUCUAAAUUUUCCACAUGGAUGUUUCAUGGUGCCUUCACCAUUCUAACCUGAAGGGAUUUAAGUCAGUCAAAAUUGUUUAUUCUUGGAUAAAAAGCAUUAUGCUUAGAUGCGUACAGAUGAAAAUGCAAAAUACUUCCCCUUAAAGGGACACAGAUUUAAAAUGUUAUGUCUAACAUACAAGCAGGAAUAAAGAUAUUUGAAUUCUGAGAGUUUCUGAGCACUUCAAACAUCUCUUUUUGUAAUGUUUUUUGUGAAAAUUAUUAUUUUGUUUCUUUUUCAAACAUUGCAUCCCUGUAGGAUCAAUGAUACUUUGAUCAAUAAAGCAUACCAUUAUUGAAUUUCAGAUCUACAGUCAUCUUUAUCUGGAUAGGCAAUGUAAUAUUCUGCAUUCAACUUAAACAUUAAUUUUUCUGUUUAUAUUUGACACUGUAAACAGGUUUUGUGAUCUUUGUUUGGUCUUCUAAAAACUGUCCUCUGGAUUCAUUUUUUAUUAUCUAGUGUAAAUACAUCAGCGAGGAGGUUGACUGGACUUUGGUUUCUUCCCUCACAAUGGGGACUUUGGUGCCGCUGUGGGGAUGUUUGUGUUGUGGACUAUUGUGUUCUGUGUUUUUGCUUUUUUUUUAUUCGUAUGACUGUAUGGGAAAUAGCAUUUUGUUGUCUUUUACUUGAAGACAAUGACAAUAAAUUGAAUCAAAUCAAAUCAAAUCAAAUAUAACAGUCAGUCCAAAAUUCAAAAUAUUAAAACAAUUCAUGAAUUUCCAAUCAUACUUUGAUUCUAGAAUGUUAUAUAUGAUAUGAAUUUACUUAAGGUUCAAGUAAUUAGAGAUCAUCAUCCUUGUGGGUCUGCCUUUCAAUUUUGUCCCAAGUUGAUCAUAAUUCCUCCGGCGUACCUCCUUAGUUCUACCUACGUUAUUGGUGCCGACUUAGUACAUUAUAACUGGACCCUCCCUUUCAAGUUAACUUCACAAGACAUGUCCUUAAUCCCGGAGGGAGAGAUAGCCUUCAGGACCCUGUCCUGGAGAGAACAGUGUCCUUUUCCAUUAUUAUACCAUCUGCAAUGGCUAU